AUGUCGAAAAAUUGUCAGGACAAUACACAUCGACAAUCACAAUUCAUCCUUCGACGACGAAAUGUCUUCACUUUAUUCUUUACGGCACUAUUUGCCUAUUUAUUUCGACAUGAGUCCAACUAUUGUGAAAUGACGUAUAUGUUCGAAGCACCGACUUACCAUCGAAUUCAAAUGGCAAAAGAUGUUGAAAUUCGAUUUCGGCGUUAUGGACUUUACUCCUAUUGUGAAGGUGUUCGAUGCGAAGCUCACAAACGAAAUCAAUUUUCUGGUUCACCGGUUCUGUUCAUUGUUGGUAAUGCGGAUAGUUACCGACAGGUUCGUUCUCUUGGUUCUGUAGCUUAUCGUAUGAAUGAACAGCAACAACUGGAUUAUUUCUCGAUCGAUUUCAAUGAAGAAUUAUCCGCAUUGUUCGGAGGUGUGCUCGAGCAACAAGCUCAGUUCGUUUCCCAUGCAAUUCAAACGAUUUUAUCGUUGUAUAAGACAAGCAAAACAGUUAUUCUCGUUGGAAAUUCUAUCGGUGGUUUACUAUCUCGUGCGGUUUUUCUUCAGCCAUCAGAUCGUUUUAAUCCAAAUACGGUGCGUUUGAUCAUUACACAAGCAACACCACAUCAAGCACCAGUGAUUCAUUCGGAUCGUUAUGUAAUUGAUUUCUAUUCUCGUGUAAAUCAAUAUUGGAAAAACGAAUGGAAUAAUUCCCUUCAACAUGUUGUCUUAGUUUCCUUAGCUGGUGGCGAUCGAGAUCAUCUUGUUCGAAGUGAUUUAUGUUCGUUGGAUGGCUUGACUGAUGAAAGUCGAUCGAUCGAUGUUCUCACGAGUGCUGUUCCUCAUGUUUGGACAUCUACUGAUCACCGUUGUAUUGUUUGGUGUCGACAAUUAGUUUUGAGAACGACACGAGCAUUACUUGAAAUUACUCAAGAAAAAAAUCCAAAUUCUCAAAUCAUGAUGAAGAUUCUUAAAAAACAUUUUUUACCUUCGGUUGAUCAUCGUCUUGGAUCAGAUACUGCUUUGAAUUUGAACAAAAAUCCAGUCGUAGUCACUGAGUCAACUUUAUCAGUUCGUCGGAAAGACGAUAACGAUUAUUUGAUUCCAUUGAAGGAUUCGAAAUAUCACACUACGAUUAUUCAUUCAACUAAUGUCAGAAUUUAUUUAAAAAAUAAUGAGAAGACAACUGAAGUCACUCGCACUCUGCUACCCAUUCCACCCACAUAUGGAAAUCGUAAAACGAUUCGAUUUGAUCGAAGAAAAUUAGAUGCAUAUGCCAAAGAAUAUGAUUCAAUUCUCAUUCGGUUGGAUAAUCAGAAAGCGCAAUUUGACAUUUAUCAAACAAAUGAAGAUGAUGAAAUUGUUGAUCUUUCAACUUUUGGUUCACAAAUCUUAUCGUUAAAACAAAUCGGUUAUAAAAAGUUGGUUUUCCCAACACUCAAUCAUCUUUGGCAAGUCUACAGCGUUCAUCUUUCAUCCGAUAAUCAACAAAUUCCGUUGAUUCAUUUCCACGUUCCAUGGUCUCAUGAAGAUCUAUACAAUUUAGUUACUUUGCGCAAUCCUUCAUCUCCAUCGUCUACUCUUCCCGAAUCUCUUCACCGACAAAUGCGUUUAAAACUUCAUCGUUUGCCAUCGUCGAUGUCAUUUGAUCAACCCGCUUCUCUCGAAUUCUUCCUCGAUCCCAAAUCGACCUAUACAAUCGAAAUUCACUAUUCAUUCCUCGACAUCCUUGCUCAAUUAGUUCGUUACUACAUAUUCCUUUUGCCAACAUUUCUCUUUACGGUUUUAUGUAUUUCUUAUUCGAUGCAAGUCAAUGAUGCUCGACUUCGAACAUAUCAAACAAUGCUUGCAUGGCAAAUCCAUCUUCCUGUCGCUAUAGUAAUCACCUGUCUCUAUAAAAUGAUUAUCAUUCUGUUUCCAGCAUCUGAUUUUGUUGUAAACAUUCAUUCAAAUGGUUAUUAUUUCUUCCUCUUACCACUUAUUCUCUAUUAUGUUGCACUAAGUGUUUGGGCAUUGAUAUCCUUUGUUAUCGAUUAUAUGAUAUUCGAUUUCGCUCGCUCGUUGUUAUAUCCCGGAGUGCUUUUCCUUCAUAAUGAAUUGAGUCGGCAAAUGAAAUAUGUACGUUUGAUCCAAUGGGUUACUUUGAGUAUGCCACUGCUAUCCACAUUCGUAUUUAGCGGUUCAAAUGGUCAUAUUAGUUUAUUUCUGUUAGCUUUGCUUCAUGUUUUAUGGCGCGGAACGCUUAAUCGCCGUUUAAAAGAGAUUUUGUCGACCUUACUUUUCUUUCAUGGUCUUUUAGUUUGUCUUAAUGUUACCGGAUUUAUUAUUCAUGUUAAAACCAUUUUCGCUCAAGGUUUAUUGCCAAUUUAUAUAAUCAUGUCCGAUCCAUCACUCGUUUCGGCGAUCUGUUGCACUGGAUCAUUCUAUCUUCGAUUUGUCUUUGAUCGAUCCCAGUCUCGAACGAUUCAAAAGAUGAAAUCAAUGCUUUUUCGAUAUAAUCGAUUUCUUCUUGUUUCAUUAGCAUUGAUUAGUCAAAUUUGUUGUUCUUAUUCAAUGUAUCAUCUUUGGAUAUUAAUCUUUUUCGUAUUCAUUCAUGCUGCUGUGAUAUUCUUUGUUCCAAUUCAUCAAGAAUAA